CAUUGAUAGGUGGCACUGACUGGCACUGAUAGGUGGCACUGACUGGCAUUGAUAGGUGACACUGACUGGCACUGAUAGGCAGCUCAGAUGGGCACUGAUAUGUGGCAUUGGUGUGCACUGGUAGGCACUGAUAUGUGGCAUUGAUGUGGCACUGAUGGGCACUGGCAAGUGGCAAUGAUGAGCAUUGACAGCUGGCAUUGAUGGACACUGACAAGUGGCACUGCUGGGGCUACACUGAUCAUCAGGGCACACUGAUCAUCACUGUCAGUGUGACAGCUCGUGAGGAGGAGAGAAAUGCCGAUAAUGGCAUUUCCGUAUGUACGUGUUCAGCUGUG